AAAAAAAUCAGAUUAAAGGUCGGUUCGACGGCGGGGUAUGACUUUGGUGUGAGACUAGUCCCUGCGUGCCUUCCCUUCUUUCUUCAUCUGCCCCGGCUGCUGCAACUACCUUCGCUCUUCCAAGUGCUAGUCCCAUCCAUAGUCCAUACGUAUUUACCUCUGCAACAAUCCAUCAGAUACCAACGUUGCCGAGGAAUAGAAGAAGGGAGAGGGGGUCUUGAAGAGCAGUGGGCCUCGUCGAAGCAGCGUUUUCCAUGGAAAUGGAGUCAUCGAGAAGGGCCAGAAGGCUGGUGGCAUUCGAUUGGACUACUCGCCCCUUCUGAAAGCAUGCUUUGCGGGCUCCGAUCGGUGGUGAGUCUUGUACUAAUAAGCUGCUGUGAUGAGAGGGAACUUCCUUACCCGCAGGAUUCUGCAGAGAUUCCGCCAGCUUGCGAUCUACUCCGUUGGAUCUCUCAAGAUCAAACUUCUCCUCUGUUGCUGUAUCGCUUUCACUUUCUUGCUUAUUGCUGGCCGAACUGCGUCUUUCUCGGCAUGGACACAACGCCACGUUUCUCUUCAUGACUUCUCUACUCCCAGGAAAGGUUACACUCUAUUAAUUAACACGUGGAAGAGAUAUGAUCUUCUAAAACAGUCUAUUUCCCAUUAUGCAUCCUGUGCGGGGCUUGAUUCAAUACAUAUUGUGUGGAGUGAACCUGAUCCUCCAUCAGAUUCUCUUCGUGAAUUUCUGUGGCAUACUAUUAAGUCGAACUCGAGAGCCAAUAAAGACAUUGAACUGAGGUUUGACAUAAAUAAGGAAGACAGUCUGAAUAACCGUUUCAAGGAAAUUAAGGAUUUGAAGACAGAUGCUAUCUUUUCAAUUGAUGAUGAUGUCAUAUUUCCCUGCACUUCAGUAGAGUUUGCUUUCAGUGUUUGGCAGAGUGCUCCUGAUACCAUGGUGGGAUUUGUACCCCGUAGUCAUUGGGUGGAUAAAUCGAAGGGAAACAUGGACUUUUACACUUACGGGGGCUGGUGGUCCGUUUGGUGGAUGGGUACAUACAGUAUGGUGCUUUCAAAAGCUGCCUUUUUCCACAAUAAGUAUCUUUUCUUGUAUACAAACCAGAUGCCGACAUCAAUUCGAGAAUAUGUAGCCAAAAACAGGAAUUGUGAGGACAUUGCAAUGUCUUUCCUCGUAGCAAAUACAACUGGUGCUCCCCCCAUAUGGGUGAAAGGUAAAAUAUUUGAGAUUGGUUCAACUGGAAUCAGUAGUUUGGGUGGUCAUAACGAGCGAAGAACCCAAUGCGUCAACAAGUUUGUUGGAGAGUUUGGGCGCAUGCCAUUGGUAUCAACAUCUGUGAAGGCUGUGGAUAGUCGCAACUGCUUGUUUUGGUGAUGUUGGAUUUUUCUUCACCGAUAUAUGGGAGAGGGUUGGGCAUGCUGCCCGCUUUCAGUGAGCUAGUGGUAUACACCAAUCACAUGGCUGGACACACGAUGGUAAGGGGGUUUUUUCCAAAGGGGGAGGAGAGAGGAUGACACAUACUGGGCACACCACCAGGGUGCCCAGCCCCCAUUAAUUUUUUUUUUCCCCCACGAUUUUAGUCGAGUUAUUUCCAUUCUUAUUUAUUUGUAACAUGUAUCAUAUCUCUCUUUUCAUUCUUAAAUAUGAUUUUAUAGAUUAUACAGUAUUUUUAGAUUUUGGAACUCCA